AUGCAACAACUACUAACAUUGUGCCCUCAACCUCUAGUCGAAAUGAUCAGUGAGGUGCUUCAAACCUCCGAGCCCGCCGACAAGCCAUACUACGAGGCCAUCCUAACCGACCUAUACCAGGAACUUGCAGAAGUACAACGAGGUGGGGCAGGACCAUCAGGCACAAACAAUGUCCACACCCCGCCGCCGUACGGUUAUCAGUUGGCUACCCAUACACCUGGCGAAUCGUCGUCCACCCGCAAGCGUAGCCUUGGACCAGCAGACUACCCUGAGGCGAAGCGGCUCAGUGCCCAACCGAGCCCAGUCACGCCUAGCACACCUAGUUCUCUCUUCGAAGGCGCAGGAACGGACGACCCUCAGCAAUGGACGUUGCCCAGCCGCUUCUCCAACUCUGUGCCCAUCAUAGACCUGACGCAGUCAGACCCUCCUAGUCCUGAACCUUUCCCUGAGCCUUUCCACGCGCCGCUCCAUGCGCCUUUCCAAGACCCAUUCCCGGAAUUGAUCAACGCCUACCAGGAUGAUGCUCGUCCGGGCCCAGUAGAUGCAUUCCACCAGGAUUACAUGCAAUAUUCAGAACUUGCCCAGUUUCUAGUUACCCCGACUCCAGCAGGUGGUGGCUAUGCCUUCAACCAGCAACCAAUGCCGGGCAACUACCCAAUCGCUCCUGGUAUCCCUUUCCAAGGAAUUCCAUAUCCGCCCGGACGUCCAGGCGAGAGUGACUCCGACGACUAUGGUGAAUCUCCUUUGACGGGGGUGGAUCCAGAUGCGAUCGAGAAGCUCUUUGAAAAUAUCAAGGAGCACGGCGAGAGUCCUGCGGAUAGAGAGCCAACACCAAAGAUCAUGUGCUCCACUCUGAAAGAGUAUCAGAAAAUUGGCCUCACUUGGCUGUUGAAGAUGGAGAAUAGCGUCGCCAAGGGCGGCAUCUUGGCCGAUGAGAUGGGCUUAGGCAAGACGGUCCAAGCUCUUGCACUCAUCUGUGCUCGCCCUUCAACGGAUCCACUCUGCCGGACAACGCUGAUAAUCGCGCCCGUGGCCUUGAUGAGGCAAUGGGAGAAGGAGAUUGCGCGCCAUAUUCACCCCCGCUAUGCGUUAAGCGUCUACUUGUACUGGGGCAAAGGCAAGAAGGCCGACUUCAGCCGCCUUCGUCAAUUCGACGUUGUCCUCACCACUUUUGGUACUCUCACCUCGGAGUUCAAGCAGAAGGAGACGCGAAAGGAGAGUAUGCUUCACGAGCGAGAGACGCGGGAGCCUGACUUCCGCCGCAAGCCGCAAGACAAGCUGGCGAUAUUGGGUCACGAGUGCAUGUGGUAUAGGGUGAUAAUCGAUGAGGCGCAUGGCAUCAAGAACCGCAGGACUACCCAGUCAAAAGCAUCUGCUGACAUCCAGGCUCGACACCGCCUUUGUAUGACAGGCACACCCAUGAUGAAUACUGUGGAUGAGCUAUACCCAAUGCUCCGCUUCUUACAUAUACAUCCCUACAGUGACUGGCAUAAAUUCAGCCAAGAUAUCAGCAGGCCCGUGAAGCAGACACAUCCGGUCACUCAGAAAAAAGCGAUGAAUCGUGUACAGAUCCUACUCAGAUCUGUCAUGUUGCGGCGACAGAAGACCUCGAUCGUAGAUGGUCAGGAAAUCUGCACUAUUCCGGCUAAGCACACGACGCUCGACAACGUUGAGUUCAGUGAUGACGAGCACCUUGUCUACAAGGCCUUAGAGGAGAAGUCUCAAUUACAGAUGAACAAGUAUCUGGACAGAAACGCCAUGUCAGUACUUGCUAACAAAUUAAAUACAGCCAACUACGCUAAUAUCCUGGUCAUGCUGCUGAGGAUGCGCCAAGCCUGCUGCCAUCCCCACCUCAUCAAAGAUCUCAGCCAGCCGGCCACCGAGGGAAUUGCUGAAGAUGAUCUCCUUGGUCGUGCUCAAGAACUCCGAGAAGAUGUCAUCGGUAGGCUGAAGGAAGCGGCUUCCGAUUCUUUCGAAUGUCCAAUAUGCUUGGAAGCCGACCCCAACCCAACCAUCAUUGUCCCCUGCGGCCAUACUAUAUGUGGCGAGUGCGUUCAGAAACUUAUCGACCCUGCGAGAUUAAUACAAGAGGGCAACGAGGAGGGCGCUACUGCGAAAUGUCCUCAUUGUCGAGGUGACUUGAAAGCAAAGCUGAUCACCGACUACAAGCAUUUCUGCAAGGUGCACUGCCCGGAGAAACUUAGCCCAGAGCCAGAACUCUUGGGUGGCGACUCCUUAGAGUCUGAUUCGGACACCGAUUCUGAAGACGACGACGACGACGAAGAUGUGGAUGACAGGGGCAAUUUGGCUGGCUUCGUCGUCGAAGAUGAAGAAGAUGAAGAGUAUGAUUUCGUCGAGGCCAAUGAUAGUGAAGUCGGUUCCCAUGGAGAACCUAGCGCAAAGGCAACCGGCAAGAAGUCGAAGAAGGAUAAGAAGGGCAAAGCCAAGGGCAAGGGACGUGCCAAGCCGACAAAAACCCUUGCUCAGCUCAAGAAAGAAUCUCUUCGAAACAAGGCAGCCAAGAAGCGAUAUAUCCGUCGCCUCGAGAAGACGUUCGUCAUGUCCGCGAAGAUCCAGAAGACGGUCGAGCUCCUGGGCGACAUACAGAAGAAUGAUCCGACUGAGAAGACCCUGAUCUUCUCUCAGUUCACCUCCCUGCUCGACCUAGUCGAGGUUCCUCUGUCGCAGAAGAAAUUUCGGUAUCAACGCUACGAUGGUAGCAUGAAGAUGGAUGAGCGGGACGAUGCGGUCAAUGCCUUCAUGGAUGACCCGAACGAGAACGUCAUGCUUGUCUCUCUCAAGGCUGGCAAUGCUGGUCUCAAUCUCUGGAAGGCAUCUCAAGUCAUCAUCCUCGAUCCCUUUUGGAACCCGUUUAUCGAGGAUCAAGCAGUAGACCGCGCCCAUCGCAUGCCUCAGCCACGCGAGGUUACCGUACACCGCGUCCUCGUCCCUGAGACCGUUGAAGAUCGCAUAUGCUCCUUGCAAGAUAGGAAACGUUUGAUCAUCGGAGCUGCUCUCGACGAACAGGCCUCGAAGAGCCUCACCCGCCUCAACGUCCAAGAGCUCAGGUUCCUGUUCGGUAUGUAA